AUGGCGGCUCCGCUGGGAGGUGUUGAUCAGUGUAUCCAGAAAUUUCUGGACAUUGCAAGACAAACAGAAUGUUUUUUUCUACAAAAAAGAUUGCAGUUAUCUGUCCAGAAGCCAGAGCAGGUUAUCAAAGAGGAUGUCUCAGAACUGCGAAAGGAGCUGCAGCGGAAAGACGCCCUGGUCCAGAAGCACCUGACCAAGCUGCGGCAUUGGCAGCAGGUGCUGGAGGACAUCAACGGGCAGCACAAGAAGCCCGCCGACAUCCCGCAGGGCUCCCUGGCCUACCUUGAGCAGGCGUCUGCCAACAUCCCCGCGCCUAUGAAGCAGAACUGAGGAAAAGCCGCAGAAAAGGGUCACUUCUCAGUGGCAUGACAUUUUGGAAGAACUCUGCCAGAGAACGAGACUAUCUCAGUUGCAUGCUCCCACCUAAAAUGUUCCCGUUUUUUAUAAGCUCUUACUUUAUUAUUACUUUAUAAAAUGUGCAUAGCUUUGGUAAACCAAGUAUAUAUUUGUGUUUUU